UCAUUCCUACACCGGCCAAGAUUAUAGUACCCAGGGAAAUGCUGGGAAGAUUUCUUUAGAUCAGAUCGAUUCGCUUUCUACCAAAUCUUUCCCACCUUGCAUGCGUCAGUUACAUAAAGCCUUGCGGGAAAAUCACCAUCUUCGUCAUGGAGGCCGAAUGCAGUAUGGUCUGUUCCUGAAGGGCAUUGGUUUAACAUUGGAACAGGCGUUGCAGUUCUGGAAGCAAGAAUUUAUCAGGGGAAAGAUGGAUCCAGAUAAGUUUGAUAAAGGUUACUCUUACAAUAUCCGUCAUAGCUUCGGAAAGGAAGGCAAGAGGACAGACUAUACACCUUUCAGUUGCCUGAAGAUUAUUCUAACCAAUCCACCAGGCCAAGGGGAUUAUCAUGGGUGCCCAUUCCGUCACAGUGAUCCAGAGCUGCUGAAGCAAAAGUUGCAGUCAUACAAGAUCUCUUCCGGAGGGAUAAACCAGAUUUUGGAUUUAGUAAAGGGGACACAUUACCAGGUAGCCUGUCAAAAGUACUUCGAGAUGAUACAUAAUGUGGAUGAUUGUGGCUUUUCUUUGAGUCAUCCUAAUCAGUUUUUUUGCGAGAGCCAACGGAUUCUAAAUGGUGGUAAAGACCUCAAGAAGGAAUCUAGCCAGCCAGAAACUCCUCAACCAAAACCAAGCAUCCAAAAAACCAAGGAUGCAUCAUCUGCUCAGGCCUCUUUAAAUUCCUCUCUGGAUAUGGAUAUGGAGGGAUUAGAAGAUUAUUUCAGUGACUGAUCCUUGGGCAGUUUAGUAACCCUUUUUCCUCUUUGUUUCCUAUUNG